CAACGCACUAGUCAUGAAUGGUUAAAAGCAUAGCCACACACGCACACAAAUACGCGCGCGUCAAAUAUAUAAAACACGCACAGCUUACAACACUGUUUCAAACUUGAGAGUGUCUCGUUGACUGCCAAGGGCCACGCCUACAACGCCGCUGAAACGCUCGUGAUCUCAAUACUCAACUUCUUAUGAUGGAACUCUUGUCAAACAAUCAGGUUCCGCAACAAAUGUCCAGCAGUAAUGCGACCAGCGCUGCCGCCGCCGCCGCCGCCGCCGCCGCCACCGGCGGAGCCAAUGCCAACGUUGGCAGCGGCAGCGGCAGCAUCAGCAGCAAUGCCAGCAACUCCUCGGAGCGACUGCUGGCCGGCAUACUGGAAUCAUUUCCCGCCUGGGAUCUCAAUGUCGGCCUGCUGCCCAACGUAGGCCAAGCCAACGGCUCGCCGCCACGCACUGAUUUCUUUAUUAACAAUUUUCUGGGCGGCCUGGAAACACACGGUGACUUCAGCAUGGUGGGCGCGAUUGGCAGCGGCGCCACGCGCCAUUCAAAAAUGUCACCGGAAUCGUCAAACAACUCGAGCAUCAGCUGCGGCUGGUGCGAGGUGAGCGCCUCGAUACGCUGCCUGGAGUGCAACGAGUUCAUGUGCAACGAUUGCCUGCGCGAGCAUCGCAACAGUCCCUUGUCCUCGAAUCAUUCGAUUGUCUCGCUGCCGACACCGAUUGGCGCCUCACCCACCGGCGGCAGCUCGGCGAAUGCCCAAACGCCGGCGAGCAGCAAUUUCAUUUGCGACAUUCACAACGAGAUGCUGCGCUAUGUGUGCGAUUAUUGCCGGAAGCUGGUGUGCCAGUUUUGUACGCUGCACGAGCACAAGGAGCACAGCUAUGCGUCCAUACAGAACUUUAUGGUUGGCUCCAAGGAGAAGCUCGAGGGCGCCAUCGAGAGCAGCCAGGUGGGCACGCGCUGCAUCAAGAGCAGCAUCGAUAAGGCGCUUGCCUUUAUACGUCUCAUCGAACGCAAUUGCAGCGAGCUGAGCGAUAAUAUACGCAAGGCGUUCCGUCAGUUCAUCAUUGCCAUCGAGGAUCGGGAGCGCUUUCUGCUCGACUUUGUCGAGAAGCUGCGUCAGCGUCGUCUCGCCAUACUGCACGAUCAGAUGGCGGGCCUCAAGUCCGCCCUGGCCGGUCUCUCGGAGACCUCCGAUAUGCUUAGCAAGGUGGCGGACAAUGCGUGCAGCAUGGACCAGAUCGAGAUAGCCAUGAAGCUGACCAAUGGCCAGCGUCAGAUGGAACAGUUUGCGGGCAUCUACAAGGAUCUGCAGCCCAAGCAGGAGGUGUUCGCCUUUGCGCCACCCGACUACAGCCUGCUGCAGGACAUACGCAACCAGGGCGGCGUCAUUUUGGUGGAUGACAAGAACAUGCCCAUUGUGUCCAGCAGCAAUGGCAUUGUCGCAGCCAGCAAUGUGGUCAGCGCGCCCGCCAACAACAUCGACAUGGCCUUCGGCCUGAACAGCAUGGCCAGCACGGCCGGACCCCUGAGCGUCGCCUCGACAACGGUGCGGCGUCCGCUGCUGCGCGACAAUAGCUUUCGCAUACCCUCGCCCAUCAUGCAGCCGCCGCGCGGUGGCAGCGCCUGCGGCAUGUCCAGCGCUGCACUCGACUGGGAGCUGAACGGACUGCGCAGUUCGCCCGGCCUGCACUUCAGUGCGCCGCGCACAACGCAGGCCAUACCCGGCUGCAUGGAUCUGGUUAAGGUGCGCAAUUCGAAUGCACUGUCGCUGUCCUUUGCCACCGAGGGCCAUGAGGACGGCCAGGUGAGCCGGCCCUGGGGCCUGUGUGUCGAUAAAAUGGGGCAUGUUCUAGUCUCGGACAGGCGCAACAAUCGUGUGCAGGUCUUCAAUCCGGAUGGCUCGCUCAAGUUCAAGUUCGGUCGCAAGGGCGUGGGCAAUGGCGAAUUCGAUCUGCCCGCCGGCAUCUGUGUGGACGUUGAUAAUCGCAUCAUUGUUGUCGACAAGGAUAAUCAUCGCGUUCAGAUAUUCACCGCAAGCGGCGUCUUUCUGCUCAAGUUUGGCAGCUACGGCAAGGAGUACGGCCAGUUCCAAUAUCCCUGGGAUGUUGCCGUCAAUUCGCGCCGUCAAAUUGUCGUCACAGAUUCGCGCAAUCAUCGCAUACAACAAUUCGAUUCCGAGGGACGCUUCAUACGUCAGAUCGUCUUCGAUAAUCAUGGCCAGACGAAGGGCAUUGCCUCGCCGCGCGGCGUCUGCUACACGCCCACGGGCAACAUAAUUGUGUCCGACUUUGACAACCAUUGCCUCUAUCUGAUCGAUCCGGACAUCAAUGAUAUACUGUCUGUCAAGGGCCAUGAGGGCUCCGGCUUCCAUGAGUUCAAUCGGCCCUCGGGCCUGUGCUGCGAUGACGAGGGUCGCAUUAUAGUCGCCGAUUCAAAGAAUCAACGUAUACUCGUCUUUAAUCAGAAUCUAGACUUUAUGUGGGAUAUCGAGGUGCGUCCAUCGAUAAAUCCGCUAAUGCCGCCGACGUUGGAUGAAAAGGAUCGCACCUGCGAUGUGGCUUUGAUGCCGGAUGGACGCAUUGUAUUCCUCAUAGAGCUGUCGCCGGACUCCAAGGAAGGGUCUAACCCUUACAAGCGGUUUGUGCACGUAUUCUAAAUUAGCUUAUAAACUUAAAACAAAAAACGAAAACAAAAACAAAAGAAAGAAAAAACGGACAACAGAUCAAAGAGACAGACGACGUUUUUUUUAGACCAUUUACAAGCAAAGCAAAUCCAAAACAAAAACACAAAAAAAACAAAAAACGGCAUUAAAAUUAGUAAAAAUUUUUAGCAUAAGUGCUACAACGAUUACCUCGAUAA